GGUUCCUUUUGCCCCAAAAUUUAUAAACGAUUUCAAAAGGAAUUAAACAACACAAAAUAUUGGAUACCUAGCUGGUCAGGAUUGAAAUUAUUUGAAGUGAGACACACUUCCAACAUUGGUGACAAGUUUGUUGUUGACAUAGAUAAAGUGGACUGUAGUUGCAGGAAAUGGAGUAUAACAGGAAUCCCAUGCUGUCAUGCCCUCACUGCCAUGACAUUUUUAAACAUCAAUGGAGAAGACUACAUCUCACAUUGGUUUACAAAGUCAACCUAUGAACAAACAUACUUUCCAAUGAUAUAUCCAGUCCACGGUGCUCAUAUGUGGGAAAUGACUUCAAUGCCUGAUGUGUUGCCUCCACCUAAGAGAAUUUUGCCUGGUAGACCGAAAAAGAAAAGAAGAUUAGAGCCUUGGGAGCUUAAGAAAGAUGACACUCAACUAAGACAAGGUGGAACACGUAAGAGAUGUGGCAUAUGUAGAGAGCUUGGACAUAAAAGAAAUAAUUGUCCACAAGCUGCCCAAGCUGCUCCAACAACUCCAAAUGCAACUCAAUCCAGUCAAAUUACUCAAUGCGAGGUUGAAGAACCCCAACAAAGUCAGCCAUCAACAACAGCACCUCAGACAACUUCAACACCAGCUGACCCAACUGCCACAGCACCUUCAAACUGAUUUAGAAAGUCAUUAGCUAUUAUUAAUAUGUAUUUUGGUACUUUGUUUCGGCUAGCACCUUUUUUUGGAUACAAACUUCAAUAUGUAUUGUGUGCUGAUGUAUUAUUUGAUGAAGCAAAGUAUUGUCUGUUCAAUGAA